GAGUCAGUGAAAUGGAGAGGUACAGCUGACAGGAGGGUUAGUCGUAGCUUGUGAUGUGCAAGACGCAGUUGCGUGUCGGUUAGUGCUUACCAUGACCCGGACAGAACUACUUUGCCUUGUGGCUAUAUGGGCUACUAUUUGGUGUUCGCCCGCCAUAGCUGAGCACGACCAUGAUAGCUCUAAGAGAAUUGUGUAUCAUAAUCAGUUUGCUGUGGUCAUUCCUGCUGGUAAGGAGACAGCUAAUGAAGUAGCCUCAAAAUAUGGAUUUAACAAUCUCGGCCAGAUCGGGUCUUUGAAGCACCACUACCUGUUUGAACACAAGCACGUCCACAAAAGAUCAGCUGAUCCUGCCCACGACCACCAUCAGAAUCUGGACACCGACCAUAGGGUGAGUUCUGGAGAUGAGGAAGUGAACGAGGGAGAGGGAAGUGUAUUUGGCAGCGCAUCCAGGUAAGGCAGUCAAGGUCAUUGUGUCGAGGCGUGGUCAGACAAGGUGAGGUUCAGAAGAGACAGAGAAGGAGCCAGGGAAGGAAGAUGGAAGAGAAGAAUUCAGGUAUAAGGAAAUAAAGAGAAAGGUAGGUAAACAAACAAAAAAUAUGAGGAAGUAUAUGCCCUUCCUUAAUUUUUUUGACUAGUUGAGAAAAAAAAAUUGGUAGAGAAAAAUGUAAAGAAGAAAGAUUGAGGACUGAUGGCGUGACGGGAAGGCUAGAAAAAAACAAAACAAGACCAGAAAAAAUAUGUGACUGUUCAUUUACUUCCUUGAUUGAUUGGGAGGAAAGAAAGCAGGUAGGGAGGAAGAUAAAAGGAGAAUUAUGGACUGAGGAAGUUUAAGGAAAGACUAGAAAACAAACAUGAACAGGAAGAAGAAAUGACUGAAUGUUAGUUUGAGUGAGUGAGUGAUCGUGGCUUUGGAGUGGCAGCAACGGACCAAGUAAGGAAUGUG